AUGACAAAACUACCCUUCCUCUGUUUGAGAAUUCAACUUUCCCUAAUCUUUUUCAUGCAUUUGAUGCCUUUUUCUGUAGCUUCCCUUAAAGAGAGAGCCACCUUACUAGACCUCAAGCAAAAUUGGGGAAAUCCCCCAUCCCUCCGAUCGUGGAACGACACGUCUCCAGGACUUGACCUGUCGCAGAACAAUUUCUUCGGGAAUAUCCCGGCCGAUAUCGACCAGCUGCAGUUGCUCGAGUACAUCAACCUCGGGUCGACCUGGUUCACCGGCGACAUUCCUCCGGCAAUCGGCAACCUGACUCGGCUCCGAACUCUGAUACUAAACUACGCCUCUUUCAACCACUUGACCGAGAUUUCGAACUUCACGGAUCUCGAGAAUCUCGUGCUGGCUUACAACCACUUGACCGCCGGAAUUCGGAAAUCUGAGGAAGGUACUAUUCCUCAGUCAAUCGAGUCGCUGGAUUUGGUCAGUCUCGAUUUAUCCGAGAACAAAUUGACUGGUAAAAUCCCGGAAGAUUUUGGGAAGUUGGAGAAAUUGGAGUUCUUAGGCCUGUGCAUAAAUAGUUUGUCCGGCGAAAUUCCCCAAAGCCUGGGGCUAUUACCGAGCCUCGAGCCGUUCAAAGUUUUCAUGAAUGAUUUGAGUGGAAUUUUGCCGCCUGAAAUGGGCAGUCGCUCGAGACUCGAAUCUUUCCAAGUCUCCAACAAUCAUUUCAAUGGAAAUCUGCCGGAAAAUUUGUGUGCAGGUGAAGUUCAUUCAACCCUUUGGUCUCUAAUAAAUUUAACUUCUGUAAUGCUGAGUGAUAACAGUUUAUCUGGAGAGCUCCCGAGUAAAACUGUAGCACCUUGUUUGUCCCGUUUGGAGAUCAGUAACAAUGAGUUUUCCGGUGAAAUUCCGGGUGAGGUUUUGCCAUGGGAAAGUUUAGUUGUGUUUAAGGCAAGUAACAACCGGUUAUCAGGGCCAAUCCCGAAAGGAUUGACUGGACUGCGUGACCUUUCCACUUUGUUAGUCGAUGGAAAUUCACUUUCGGGUGGAUUACCUUCUGAGAUAUUGUCAUGGAAGUCUCUUUCGACUCUGCAUCUUGCAAGGAAUAAAUAUCUGGUCCGAUCCCACCCGUGUUCGCACGAGGGAGCUUUCACCACGAAUUCUUGCUGUGAUUCUACUUUCGGCAAUCGUUUUUGCUUGUUCGCCAUCUGCAUGACACGUUUUUUAGUCAAGUACUGCAGAGAAAGUCGCCUAUCGACUGACAUAAAAUCAGGCGAAUGGGAAUUUGUGACAUUUCAAAGAUUGGAUUUCAACGAGGUUGAUAUUCUGUCUAGUCUGACCGAAAUGGUCGCUCGGGCGAAGUUUACAAAAAUCGAAGUGGGCCUUGAAAACCAAUGCAUUGCUGUCAACAGGAAUUGGAGCGGCAUGGAAAAGGAUGAUUUGCUCGAGAAAGAAUUUCAAGCCGAGAUUCAAGUUCUUGAGUAUGCUCAUUCGUCGAGGGUGAAUGAGAAAAUCGACAUCUACAGCUUUGGGGUCGUGCUGUUGGAAUUGGUGACCGGAAGGAAACCCAAUACUGGAAACGAGGACAUGAGCCUAGCCGAGUGGGCGUGGGCCCACUAUGGACAAGAAAAGCCAAUCAUCGAUGCUUUGGAUGAGAGCAUAAAAGAAGAUGGCUUCUUGGAAGAAAUUAUAGUCGUUUUCAAGGUGGGGCUUCUUUGCACGAGUUUGUCACCCAGUAACCGGCCUAUGAUGAGUGAGGUUUUAGAGAUGCUUCGAUGUUGA